CAUCCGCAUCCCGCCCCCCAAGACAGGUAGACCGUGGGACGAAGCCCAAGGUCUGUGCCCGCCCGCUCUCCUCCCCCGAGUGGCCCCCCCGGACGGCGUAGCAACUGUGGGAGUGGAAGGGCCAAGGAUUGUGGCGGCCCGCCCAGCCCAGCCCAGCCCAGCACAGCUCUUGCUUGGCCUCGGCGUCGGUCCCGUCGUCGUCGUCGUCCCCACGAGGCAGCGAAGAAGAAGAGAGUGCAAAGCCAAGACAAACAGACAGCCCGGACGAGACAAAGGCCAAGCCAACAAGCCCCGGCAGCCCUCGCUGCAGCAACCAACCCACCACCUCACCUACGGUAAUAAACCUCGCCUAGGUACCUGACGUGGGCAGAGCAACCGACCAGGUACCUUAGAACCACCACCACCACCACAUCCAGCAAUCAGCCGCAGCACCCCAACCCCGUCCCCGUCUGCCAGCCAGCAGCAGCACAUCUCCUCGCCUCCGUCAUCGUUUCGCCUCUGCUCCUCCUCCUCCUCCUCCUCCUCCUCCUUCUCCUCGUCGUCGUCGUCACCGCCGACUCACUAGGUCUAACCCACCUUCAACAACGUCGGCCCCGUCCUCGUCGUCGCCCUCGCCCUCGACUCUCCUCCCGACCGUGCUCCCUUUUUCCUCCUCCACCCCCAUCAUCGCCCGCUACCGCCCAACCCCGUCGCCCGCCAUGGACUACACCUCGGGCAUCAUGCCCCUGACGCAGGUGCACAAGCCGCCCUUCACCGUCGAGGCCCCCGGCUACGAAAAGGUCCCUGGCGAGACCAUCCCGCGCCGCCACCCGCGGGCCAAGAACGGCCUCCUCAACCGUCCGGCCGACGACGUCGCCACCGUCUUCGACCUCAUCCGCCGCAGCGCCCGCGUCUACCCCAACCACAACGCCGUCGGCAGCCGCAAGCUCAUCAAGCUGCACCGCGAGACCAAAAAGGUCAAGAAGAAUGUCGACGGCGAGAUCCGAGAGGUCGACAAGGAGUGGCAGUUCUUUGAGCUGUCGCCCUUUUCCUUCCUCACCUACAAGGACUAUGAGGCCCGAGUCCUGCAGCUGGGCGCCGGCCUGCGCAAGAUUGGCCUCACCUCGGAGAACAAGCUGCACAUUUUCGCUGCCACCAGCGUCCAAUGGAUUUCCAUCUCCCACGGCUGCGCCUCGCAGAGCAUCUCCAUCGUGACCGCCUACGAUACCCUCGGCGAGAGCGGCGUCGCCCACUCGCUCGUCCAGUCCAAGUCGAGCGCCAUGUUCGUUGACCCCCAGCUCCUCAAGACGGCUGCCGGCCCCAUCCGCCAGUCCGAGGUCAAGACGGUCAUCAUCAACGACCAGAGCAACUUUGCCGAGGGCGGCGAGAUCGAGUCUUUCAAGGCCGCCAACCCGGGCCUGGCCGUCUACACGUACGAGGAGGUGCGCAAGCUGGGCGAGGACAACCCCGUCGACCCCGUCCCCGCCAAGCCCCAGGACCUCUACUGCGUCAUGUACACGUCGGGCUCCACGGGGCCCCCCAAGGGCGCCUGUAUCACCCACGAGGCGCUCGUCGCCGGUAUCACCGGCUUGCUCACCUGCGUCGACGAGUGCGUCAGCGACAAGGAGGUGGUUCUCGCCUACCUGCCGCUGGCGCACAUCUUCGAGAUGUCCCUCGAGAAUCUGGUGCUCUUCAUUGGCGGCACCCUCGGCUACGGAAACCCGCGCACCCUAUCGGACGUGUCGGUCAAGGACUGCGCCGGCGACAUGCGCGAGCUGCGGCCCACGGUCAUGGUCGGCGUGCCGCAGGUCUGGGAGACGGUCCGCAAGGGCGUCAUGGCCAAGCUGGGCAGCUCGAGCCCCCUGAUCCGCUCGCUCUUCUGGGGCGCCUUCAGCUACAAGGGCUUCAUGUCGCGCAACAAGCUGCCCCUGGCCAGCAUCUUUGACGGCAUCGUCUUCAGCAAGGUGCGCGAGCUCACGGGCGGCCGCCUGCGCUUCACCAUGAACGGCGCUAGCGGCAUCGCCGACGGUACUAAGCACUUCCUCUCCCUCGUGCUCGCCCCUAUGCUCGUGGGCUACGGCCUGACCGAGACGUGCGCCAACGGCGCCCUCGGCUGCCCGCUCGAGUACUCGCCCAACGCCAUCGGGCCCAUCCCUGCCGCCAUCGACGUCAAGCUCGUCUCCAUCGACGACCUGGGCUACUCGACCGACGCAAAGGUGCCCCAGGGCGAGAUCCUGCUCAAGGGCCUGCCCAUCAUGCGCGAGUACUACGACAACCCCGAGGACACGGCCAAGGCCCUGACCCCCGACGGCUGGUUCCGCACCGGCGACAUUGGCGAGUUUGACGCCGACGGCCACCUGCGCGUCAUCGACCGCGUCAAGAACCUCGUCAAGAUGCAGGGCGGCGAGUACAUUGCGCUCGAAAAGGUCGAGUCGGUCUACCGCGGCGCCCAGACCGUCACAAACGUCAUGGUUCACGCCGACGCCGAGCACUCGCGCCCCAUUGCCAUCAUCAUGGCCAACGAGAAGAUCCUCGCCGAAAAGGCCAGCGAGCUCGGCGUCGACGAGCACAGCAUGCACGCCGACCCCAAGGUCCGCGCCGCCGUCCUCAAGGACCUCCAGGCCACAGGCCGCCGCGCCGGCCUGACGGGCAUGGAGAUUGUCGCCGGCGUCGUCGUCACCGACGAGGAGUGGACGCCCCCGAGCGGCCUCGUCACCGCUACGCAAAAGCUCAACCGCAAGGUCAUUCGGGAAAAGUUCAAGAAGGACAUUGACGCCUGCCUCAAGAACGUGCCCUGAGAGAAGAGGGGGCGCGUUUGGGGGCGAAGAAGGGACGGUUUGAGCAGCAACAGCAGCAGCAGCAGCCUAGAAGGGGGAAAUGUGUGCCGAGUACGAGCGACGAUACCAUGUAAUGUACCGUGUAUAGCAUGUAGUGAAUUCUGUCUACCGUGGUGGCGCUGUGCCUGCGCGAUGAGGUACUACUACGCAGUGGUGUGAAAGGGGGGCCGGGCCGCCCACAGUCUAUCUCUU